AUGAUCAGUGAACUCUCAAGUUUCGUGACAGGUUGGGAUUUAUCUGUCAUUCUAUGGUAUGUUUCGCAGCCGGAUGGAAGAAUUCUCUCGGGAGAAUGCUCCUUCUACAACGAUGUUUGUGCCUCUUGUGGCUGGGGCAUUGGCAUGGUCCCUAGCUUGCACAGAUUGUGCUAUCCAAUCCUAAGACCAUUGUUCUUUGUCCCACAAGUGAACUCUCUAAGCAAGUGCUUCAGUAGCUUUUGUUUUGGUGACAAGUACCAGGUGGAUAUGGCAGUAUCUGAUGCAUUCGACUCAGCUCUCUUUGGAGCUUUCGAUGCUGAGAUGAACAAGCUGACCAAUGUUCCUGCUGCAGGAGUGCCUCAAGCCAUGGUGGAACUGCUGGGUUUUAUGCCGUGA